AGGAGGAAAAAAAAAAAAAUGCGGGAGAGAGCAGGAAAAAUAAGACGGGGAAAAAUCCGCCCGUGAGGGGACAGGUUCUGCUCGUGGCACAGAGCAAACGGGCUCGCCUUGUUUUUUUUUUUUUAAUUUUUUUUUUAAAUAUUAUUAUUAUAUUUUGUAUUUUCUUCUCGCCGAGAGGAUUCAGCCGCCUGGAAAGCGCAUGUGAAAAGAGCAGCAGCAAGGAGAGGGGAGGAAAAAAAAAAAAAAAAGGAAAAAAAGCGGGGGUUUGGCUUGGACCCCCCCGCCCCAGUGCGGGAGGAAGGACCCGCGGCGGCCGGAGGGCGAGGAGCUGCGGCGGCCGGCGAGGGAAGGGACCGGGGCUGCGUGACCCCCGCGGCGCGGGGGGAGAGGCGAGGAAGAGACGUUUCCCGAUCCUCCCCGCCGAGGAUUUGGGGAGGUUUCCGCGCCUGGAGCCCCUGCCUUUGGAUCUAAAGAGGAUUAUUAUUUUUUUGGGGGUGGCACUGAAGCUGGAUUUGUUCCUGUGCGUGCGGCGCGGGGGGGGGCAUUUCUACUGCCUCUAGAGGAGCCGGCGGCCCGGCCGGGGCGCGGAGAUCCCCGCGGAUCGCUCCGCACCCCCCGGGAAAGGUGCGCCGAGGGGAUCGGCGGGGGGCGGGGGAGGAGAGGCAGCUGCAGCUGCCGGGGAGGAGGCCCGGCGGAGCGGCAGCAAAGUCAUCGCUAUCGGCCCCCCCUCGGCUGGCUUCGGGCUCGGCGCUCUCCAUGUCUCUGGCUCUGGGCAGCGGCCGCCACAGCAGCGAGUAGGGGGGGAGGAGGAGGAGGAGGAGGAGGAAGAAGAAGGGAGCCCGGGAGUGCCUCCCUCCCUCCCUCCCUCCCUCCCCCCGGCAGCCCCGGCCGCCUCCCGUCCCCUCGCCCCGCGUCCCUGCCUUCCCCUCCCCAAGAUGGGCUGUUUAGGGAACAGCAAGACGGAGGAUCAGCGCAACGAGGAGAAGGCGCAGCGGGAGGCCAACAAGAAGAUCGAGAAGCAGCUGCAGAAGGACAAGCAGGUCUAUAGGGCCACGCACCGGCUCCUCCUGCUGGGUGCUGGUGAAUCCGGUAAAAGCACAAUAGUCAAGCAGAUGAGGAUCCUGCACGUGAAUGGAUUUAAUGCUGAGGAGAAGAAAAUGAAAAUCCAGGAUAUUAAAAACAAUAUUAAAGAAGCUAUAGAGACAAUAGUGACAGCAAUGGGCAAUUUGGCACCUCCAGUGGAACUAGCCAAUCCAGAGAACCAGUUUCGAAUCGACUACAUCUUAAAUUUAGCAAACCAGAUAGACUUCGAUUUCCCUCCGGAGUUUUAUGAACACACAAAAACCCUCUGGCAGGAUGAAGGUGUGAAAGCCUGCUACGAGAGAUCCAACGAGUACCAGCUGAUUGACUGUGCACAGUAUUUUCUAGACAAGAUUGACAUAGUCAAACAGAACGAGUACACCCCCUCUGACCAGGAUCUUCUCAGAUGCAGAGUUUUGACAUCAGGAAUUUUUGAAACUAAGUUUCAGGUGGAUAAAGUAAAUUUUCAUAUGUUUGAUGUUGGAGGGCAACGAGAUGAACGCCGAAAAUGGAUCCAGUGUUUUAAUGAUGUGACUGCUAUCAUAUUUGUGGUGGCGAGCAGUAGCUACAACAUGGUGAUCCGAGAGGACAACCAGACCAAUCGGCUGCAGGAGGCACUAAACCUCUUCAAGAGUAUCUGGAACAACAGGUGGCUACGGACCAUUUCAGUAAUCCUUUUCCUGAAUAAACAAGAUUUGCUAGCAGAGAAAGUUUUGGCAGGGAAAUCUAAAAUUGAAGACUACUUUCCAGAAUUUGCUCGCUACACUACACCAGAUGAUGCAACACCAGAGCCUGGUGAGGAUCCCAGAGUUACAAGGGCCAAGUAUUUUAUUAGAGACGAGUUUCUUAGAAUCAGCACAGCAAGUGGAGAUGGAAGGCACUACUGCUACCCUCACUUCACGUGUGCCGUGGACACAGAGAACAUCCGGAGGGUUUUCAAUGACUGUCGGGACAUUAUUCAGCGCAUGCACCUUCGCCAAUACGAGUUGUUGUGAUGGAGAGCACUUUUUUCUGUGUUUUGGACUCCUUAUUCCUUAUUAAAAAAAAGAAAAAAACACCCUUGCCCACAUAGGGUGGAAGAGAACUGUUUGAAUCUCCCAUUGAUUUGCACCCCUCAACUUUUUCUCCUUGCUGGACAAUAGCAGCACUUCUAAGCUUGCUUCUGUACCCCUCGGACAGUUUGAGAUGGCCCCUAACACUUAAAAGGCCAUUUCCAUGAGGAUUCCCUAACACUGUUAUUAACAAAAAAAGAGAGAAAAAAAAACCCAAACCAAAACAAACAAAAAGAAAUAAAACCUAAUUAAUUAAAA